AUGAUGGCUUCAACGAAGCCAUUUGCUGUCGUGUGCCUGAUCAUUAUUAUGAUAUGUGAGAACGUACUGUCGAAAACGGCACAAUCAAAUGAUAAUUUAAUAUCUCGAGUAAAAAAGCAGUAUCAAUAUCCAAACUAUCAACGACAACAGCCUUAUCAACAAGAUUAUAGGCAACCACAACAACCACAGCCACCACAAUCAAGUAAUGGUAAUGGUUACAACGCUAGUGGCGUUGAAUGUAAAGGAUGUGGUCCAAGACGAGAUUGUGCCUGUCCGGGAAAAGGUGGAAUGGGUAUUACAGGUCCACAAGGAUUUCCCGGCAUUCCUGGGGAUCGUGGAAAUAGAGGAAGUCAAGGGGGACGAGGUUUGACCGGUGUUCGUGGUGAAAAAGGAGAUCGAGGUCAAUAUGGAAAUAAAGGAGAACGUGGUGAUGAUGGUCUUCUACCAGUUGACGGUCAAAAUGGAUUUCCAGGAAAACCCGGUUCAGUAGGUCCGCGAGGUAUCCCCGGUGUUCCCGGUUGCAAUGGCUCAAAAGGUGACUCGGGACCAAAUGGAUUUGAUGGAACAAACGGUCUACCAGGAAAUCGGGGAAACCCCGGACGACCGGGAGACAUGGGCGAACCUGGUGAAGCCAAUUAUGGUCCAGGUGGUCUUGCUCAAGGACCAAGAGGAGACAGAGGAGCGCCGGGCAAACAAGGAAUACCAGGUUGGCCAGGCAAUCCAGGUUUGCCGGGAGCUCCAGGUCCAGGUGGAAAAGAUGGCACACGAGGAAGACCAGGUCCAUCAGGCGACGCCGGAGAAAGAGGGCUUCCAGGACAAGAUAACUUUGGAGUAAAAGGUAUACGGGGAGAGCCAGGCAUGCCAGGACCAAGAGGACCGGAACAUGGCGAGAUUCGCGGUUUAACUCAUCUACAGAGCGUUCCUGGAGGCAGAGGUUAUCCAGGUGACAGAGGAUUUAAAGGAAAUCAGGGUGCAUCAGGCUAUCUUGGUAUCGACGGUUUACAAGGGCCAAAAGGAGAAAAGGGUGAUUUUGGUGCUCCUGGACCACAGGGAAAAACCGGUAAACCCGGUCCAGCUGGUUCGUACGGUGUCAAAGGAACUGCUGGUACACAUGGUCCAUCCGGUUCAGAUGGAGUGCCUGGAGGCAAGUAUCAAGGAAGAAAUGGGGAGCCGGGACCAAAAGGUCAACGAGGAGAUAAUGGAGCACCGGGACCAAACACAAUUGGUAAAAAAGGCCUUCGACUAUAUCCUGGACGACCUGGCUAUCAGGGAAUACCCGGGGAUGUUGGACCAUCUGGAUUACCUGGCGCACCGGGAUUCCCAGGUCGAGAAGGUAUAAAAGGCGAGAAAGGAGAUUAUGGAAUGCCUGGCCGACCUGGACCUAUGGGUGAACCUGGCUUCGGCGGUGAACAAGAAAAGGGUGAUCGAGGAGAUGAUGGAUUUCCGGGUUUACCAGGACAAGCAGGAGCUGCCGGUUAUCCUGGCGACAAAGGCGAAAUGGGAAACAAAGGAAUAACUGGAGAUAACGGAGUCGGACAACGUGGAUUGCCUGGAGUUUCAGGGCGUCCCGGAUAUCCAGGAUUGCCUGGUCCACAAGGAGAUCAAGGUGAAAUGGGUCCACCAGGUUAUCCAGCAGAAGACGGCUUUCGCGGAUAUCAAGGCUACGGUCCUCCUGGUCAGCCAGGUUAUACGGGACCAUCGGGACCUCCUGGAUUACCUGGUGUCCCUGGUAUACCUGGGCCCAAAGGAGACUUAGGUGACAAUGGAGGCUGUGGUUUUUGUCCACCUACUACUCCUGGAUUACAAGGUGAUAGAGGCUCAACAGGCUAUCGUGGCAGACCGGGAGUUCAUGGAGCACCUGGAUUUCGCGGUGAAAAAGGUGAUGCUGGAUUACAGGGAGCAUCUGGUCCAUCCGGAAUACCAGGACCAGCGGGCUUAGAUGGAAGAAAUGGCUAUAAUGCAGCUCCUGGUCCAAAAGGUGAACCGGGUGAGAUGAUUGGCGCAGAUGGCUUUAAAGGUAAAAAUGAAUCAAAUGUGGGAUUAACCACUAUCGAAAGUCGACGUGGAGCUAAUGGAGAACCUGGAGUAAAAGGCUACAGAGGCGAUAUAGGUGAUACUGGUAUUAAUGGAAGAGACGGAUAUGACGGUGCCCCCGGAGCACCUGGACCAAGGGGUCUUACCGGUGUUAUUGGUCGUACAGGUGGUCCAGGUUUACCAGGAGCUAAAGGUAUCCCGGGCCCUGCCGGACCUCCUCCACAACAAGCUGGUCGAGGACAAACUGGUGAUGAGGGAGAACAGGGACCACAAGGCAAACAAGGGCGUUAUGGUUCAGUAGGAGAACCAGGAGAGCCCGCAACAGCACCAUUAACAUUCAUCGGUCAAAAAGGACCAAAAGGCAUUCAGGGUGACACAGGCUAUCCAGGAGCUCCAGGCUUCAAUGGACAACAGGGUAUACCCGGACCAUCAGGAGGUGCCGCAUCUCGUGGUCUAAGGGGUGAAGAUGGACGUUUUGGUUUGCCUGGUGUUCACGGUGAACCUGGUGUAAAAGGCUACCCUGGCUUAGAUGGUCCUCCAGGACAAGAUGGACGACCGGGACUUCCAGGUCCAAAUGGAAUGCCGGGUGUACCAGGCUUACCAGGAUCAAAGGGUGAAAGAGGAGAGAUGGCUGUGGCAACAAGAACUGGAUCAACUGGAGCACCAGGAAUAAAAGGCCCCAGUGGUGAUAGAGGUUAUGGAGGUUUACCAGGACAAAGAGGAUUUCCGGGACUUCGUGGACAAGGUGGAGAUAGAGGUUCAAAUGGAGCUUCUGGACCAUCUGGACCCAAAGGACCAAAAGGAGAAACUGGUGGAACACAUCCUGGAUCAUGGGGAGCAAUUGGAUUACCAGGAGUUCCCGGACGUCGUGGAGCUCCGGGACGCAGCGGUUCACCAGGAUUACCGGGACAGAAUGGUUAUCGUGGUGCUGUCGGUGAUAAUGGUCGUCCAGGUGUUGCUGGAGGUCCCGGACUUCCAGGAAGAAAGGGAGAAAAUGGAGACAACGGAAUGAAUGGUUGGCCAGGGAGACAAGGCAUUAAAGGUCGCCCAGGUAUUCCGGGAGAACGUGGAACUCCCGGAUUCAAUGGUGGACCAGGCAAUAAUGGAUUACCAGGAAUGAAAGGAUAUCCAGGGGACAUCGGUGAACCUGGUCUUAGCGGUGGAUUUGGUGCUCCAGGCUUGAGAGGUCAAAAUGGUGAUGUUGGGGAAGCUGGAUUUCCCGGACUUAAAGGCAUGCCAGGUGAUUUUGGAGAAUAUGGUCCAAAAGGAUUUCCUGGAGAAGUUGGAUUUGCUGGACUUCCGGGUGCCCCAGGAUUAGCUGGAAGAGAUGGACGUCCUGGCAUGGAUGGCAUGAAAGGUUUACCUGGAGAUGCAUUCAAAGGAAUAAACGGAAUUCGAGGUGAUCGUGGUGCUCCUGGUAUUCCUGGUGCUCCCGGACCACGUGGACCACGUGGACCGCCUGGCUUAAAUGAUGCACCGGGAUUUCGUGGUCAACCGGGCCCUGCUGGUUUUCCAGGUUUGCCCGGCUUACACGGAGCUCCAGGCUUUCCAGGACCCAAGGGAAUGGCUGGACAAAGUGGUUUUCCUGGAGCCCCUGGACAACCUGGCGAGCGGGGUGGAGCAGGACGAGCCGGUGCUCCAGGUAUGCCGGGUUUUCAAGGACAAAGAGGAGAAAAUGGACGAAAUGGACAAGCAACAACAUUUGGAAUGAAAGGAUUUCCUGGUGAUGCGGGUGCAUCAGGACUUCCAGGAUCAGUCGGACUUCCAGGUGAUCAAGGUCUUCCAGGUUUUCCAGGACCGGUUGGAUCAAGCGGCAGACCAGGUCCUAAUGGUGCGCCGGGAUUCUCUGGUGACAAAGGUACCAGUGGUUUUAGUGGCGCUCCCGGACGAGCAGGACAGCCAGGCUUUCCAGGACAAAAGGGAACAAGAGGAUACAGUGGAAUUCCUGGUGUUAAGGGUAUACCAGGCGACAGUGGUGGACGUAGUUUGCCAGGAUAUAGAGGAGAACCAGGUCGUGAAGGAACUCCAGGAAGACCGGGUCUCAGAGGACCACCUGGAGAACCCGGUCCAGCGGGACUAAGGGGACGAGACGGACGCGGCGCUACUAGCCCACGAGGUAUACCGGGCGAUAGAGGACAGCCAGGAUUACCAGGACGUCAUGGUGCGCAAGGGCUUCCAGGAAGAGAUGGAGCAUUAAGCUUUGGUGGAAGAGCAGGAGCGCCCGGACUUAAUGGUCAAGAUGGCCUACCAGGACUUCCAGGAAGUUCUGGUUUGAAAGGCAUGCAGGGAUUUCCAGGAACACCAGGCAACAGGGGUCUUCCAGGACGAGCAGGUUAUGACGGAGAUAACGGAUUUCCGGGCCAAGCUGGAUAUAAAGGACAGCCAGGUGAUGCAGGCUUCCCGGGUAGUGAUGGACGAAGUGGACUUCCCGGACCAAAAGGAGAAGAAACACGCGUGCAGUCAUACAGAACACCGGGCAUACGCGGAGAACCAGGUCAACCAGGACCAUCAGGCCCUGUUGGUCGUCCUGGUGGCCCAGGUGUAAGUGGUCAAAAAGGAAAUGUUGGACUUACAGGCAUGGCAGGGCUUCCAGGCGCACCGGGCGGUUCAGGACCAAAAGGACCGAUGGGCGACGCUGGACAACAAGGAUCUGUUGGAUUCCACGGAUUGCCGGGCGCACCUGGCCCUGCUGGUAGCCAAGGCCAUCCUGGAGAGAGUGAUGGAUCAUUCAUCUUUGCAAGACAUAGCCAAGGUACAACAAUACCCACUUGUCCAUCGCCCACACAAACAAUGCACGAUGGAUUUUCAUUCAUGGGUAUUCAAGGCGAUACAUACGCAGCUCAUCAAGAUUUAGGUGGUCCUGGUAGUUGUUUAAGUCGAUUUAGUGCCAUGCCGUUUUUAUUUUGUGAUAUCCACAAUACUUGUCAUUAUGCAUCGAGAAAUGAUUAUUCUUAUUGGCUAGCAACAAAUGAACCAAUGAAAAAUUCCAUGUCGACAUUCGAGCCAAAAGAAAUAAGAAGUUAUCUUAGUCGAUGUGUUGUCUGUGAAUCACCAUCACCCGUAUUCGCCGUCCAUAGUCAAUCUCAACGACCUCCCGCAUGUCCCGAUGGUUAUGAUCAAUUGUGGACUGGUUAUAGUUUUGUCUUUACAUCUGCUGAUGGUGGUCGAGGUGAUCAACAAAGUUUACAAUCACCAGGUUCAUGUUUAGAAAGUUAUAUAGAUCGUCCGUACUUUCAUUGUAAAGAUCAUUCACAUUGUAAUUUUUAUCCAAAUAUGAUGUCAUUUUAUUUGGCGGCAUUAGAUGAAUAUUCUGGUUUUGAAAAACCAAAACUAUUGACAUUAAAAGCUGGACAACAACGUCAACAUGUUAGUCGUUGUGCUGUAUGUCAUGCUAAUUUAUUUAAACAAACAAACAGAGGUCCCAGUGCAUUUUUUGCACAAGUGAAAAAAAAUUAA